AUGAACUGGACCGGGGGCCGCCUUUCGAGGCAUUCGGGCUGUUCGAAUUCGGUGAAGGCCCGGCAGAAGCAGCAUUUCGCGAAGGUCCAGCAGGCCUUACGCAGUGGUCCGAAGAAUCAUUCGCCAAUCAAAUGGGCAUUCUUCGAUCACGUCGUAGGGGAUCGUGAACGAAGCCAACGCGAAACUUCUGCCGCAAGGCACACGACCCUUCAAGCUUACGAUCAUCGAGACAGUCAAUCAAACCGAAAACACCAUGGCCAUCUCACAUCCACCGGGCAUGCUGCCCAGCAAAGUAGUUCCAGACAUUCGUCCCAAUCCCUGGAGAUUACCCAAGGCCGACAAAUAUUAGUUCCUGUCAUGCAGCAGCCAAAACGAGUUCCAACUGACGACCUGUACAAUGCGACUCCUCCUCGAGAAGCAGAACGGAAACAAGAGGAGUCGGCAGCGGUAUCAGAGAUGAAGAGUAUUGUAGAUCAAGAGGAAGAGUCAUUAUCAGAGAAGAGGAGAAAGAUUCUCCGAAAGGGAGACUGGGUCGGCGUCAAUAUUCAACGACCUCUACGGCUUUCUUUUACAUCUCCCCGGAAAGAAGAGAAUAUUGGCAGGAGGAGGAAGAUAACCGAUGGACACCGAGCACGAUACAGCUCAAAGCAAUUGCAUAUUACAUCGCCUUUCCCGAACAAAAGAGGUCUUUUGGUGAACCAGAGAUCCAGUCAAGGGGGUCCACAAAACAGAGAGCCUCCAAGAGCAGAUGUCCGAAUUUCUAUUGGCGGUAGAGUCGUUCCGCCUGGUGUUAGCUCGAGCUCAGCGUCUCGCAGAAUGGGCAGCCAUUCGACAACCGCACACAGGAGAUCUCAGACGACAUCGUCAGACAUGAUGCUUCUCGAUCCUAACGCAUCCGCUGGACACGAGUCACCACGGGUUCCUUCCAGCAACCUUGCUGCCAUCAGAUACUCAAUGGGCAGUCAUCAGCGCAUCCACAACCAAGAUUUCAGCCUCAACAAUACGUCUCUGGCACUUGGGCUAGAGCAGGGCCAUCAUAUACCAUAUGUAGCAGAAGACUCCGCAAAUGGAUGGGCAAUCAGGAAUUCAGAAACUGCAUCGGAGCCAGAGGGAAAAGACCAACAUCCAGUCGGUCAUCAGAACAAUCUCGAACCACAUCCAAACACCCGCCAUGUUGGAAUAACUCCGGCCCCUGAGAACAACAAUCCCUAUCCCAGGAGACUAAUAUUUUCAUCGUCUACGGCUUCGAUACAUCACCCAGCUCCCCAAAGUUCAAGAGUGUCUGUUCUGCUCCGUUCAGCCUCCUCAGACGUAGCUGAGAGCACCAUGGCGCAGGUUGGAAAGAACAAGCCAGUCAUACCAAGCUCCCAGGUGCUGGAGAAUGAGAUAUGGGAAACAUGGAUUGCCCCCGAAAAGAAACAUGACUACUCAUCGGAUUACAACGAGCAGGGAAGUGUUCAGCGUGUACCUAUCAGUCCCGGAGUGAGCACGAGUCAUGCUCCCUGGCAUGUAGGUUCAGAAGGGGAUGACGUCGAGGAUGAGGAUUCAUUAGAGCUGCAAAUGUCGGAUUCAGAAGAACCAACGACUAGCCCCGGAGAAUCAAAUAUUCCAGUCUCGGGAAUAUUAGAUGAAGUCAUACCGCUGAGCCCAGACUUGAUACAACUUGAAUUCGAGGGAGUUGAAGUCGGGGCGGAAAACCCCAGGCUAAUAUUUUCUCCUGCUAACAAGGAGCCCCCAAAAGCUAUUCCUCUAGCUCUCCCCAGAAAUUCCUUUAUGGAGGAUGAUCCAAACGAGUCUUGGAUGAAACUCUUGUUUGGUGGUAUGGGCGAUGAAGUGGAUGGUUCUUUCCCCUCUCCAGAACGGAUUGUUAUGCCAAAUCAAAAGACAGAACUUUUGGGCACAUCAAUACUUGGGCAGUCUUCUGGGGAUAGAUCUGCCAUUUCAGAUCUCAGUCCACUCCUGCAACACACAACCACACCUGCUGCACCUUCAUCAAUAUCUCGCGGAGCCUCUAGGAUCACAGAAACCAGAUCAUCUCCAUCCGUUUCGAGACAUCGAGAGUCGCAGUUCGAAAUGGCAUCGACAGUGAACUCUCCGCCGUCGCAAGGUGGCGUUAGUGUUCAAGCUGAGAAGGGUUCCAUCUUUGUCUCGAGUUCGGAUUCUGUUUCGACCUCUGAGACUGCUCAGGCCGUACCCCAAUACUCAGCUCCCAAAGUUGUGGAGACCACGAAUCUGUACAGACCACAAAGGAAAGUCACGUUCACACGACCAAAACCAUUCAUAGGACGCAAGGCGAAGCUAGAUUCUAUUGACCAGAGUGAGUCUUUGCACAUUGGACGGGGCUUGAGGGAAGAAGAUGCAGACUUUGAAAGAGGAAGGAAGAGAAAGCGAAACGUGGGAUAUUUUGCUGGGUCGGAUGAGCAAGACGAGCAAGAAGGUGUCGAAUCUAUUGAAGAUGAUUAA